AUCUCACAUUUUUUUCUAUUAUUUUAAUUUCUGUUCUGUUUCUGUAGCCUUUUGGCUUCCUACAAAUUAGCAAGCAGACAGUACUCUGAUGUGUGUGUGUGUGAGAAAGCAAGAAUGAAAUUUGGAGAAGAAAAGAAUUUUUACCUAAUGGUAAAUUAAAGCGGUUAAUAUAUUACACAUGUAUGUUUAAGAUUUUACAACUGCAUAAAGUAUUUGGCUUCUUGUUUGCUUUAGUUUUCUUUAGGAAAUUUACAGAUUGUGAAGAGAGCUUUUUAUAUUUAAAAAAUAGAAAUGGGUAUGGGAAAUUUUUUGGACUUUAAAUGUACAAAGUAAACAUCUACCUGUGUAUAUAGUACUAAUAAUAUUACAAAUAAGAAAUGUAUACAUUUUGCACAAUUGAGGUUAAGUGAUCUUUAUAGGAAAAAUAUUCUUAAUUAGUAUCUUCAAGUAUUCUUUUGAGAUAACUUUAUUUUUACUGUGAGAUGAUUGUUUCAUCUUCAGUGUAUAGUGUGCUAUGCAACUGGAAUUUACUUAUUUAAAUUGGUUCUUUUUGGAGGUAAUUGAAGAAAAAGCCAUGGUAAGCAAUUUUUCAAAGCAUCCGUCAAGGAAAUAAAUAGGAAUAGGACCCAAGGGUCUUACAUGUGUAUUUGUUAAAUUUUUAUGACUGCUUUAAAAGCUAAUUAUUACUAAUAUUUUUUAGUAACUUACUUUUUUACAGAACCAUUUAUAUAUAAUAGACUACGUUGAAUUUUGGUGUAUAAUUAACUUGAGCAGUAUGGCAUGUGUACAUGGAUUUUAGAAUUGGGUUAUUAUAAAUUUAAAUGCCCUUAUAAGUAGAUAAUUCCUGGUGGAUGAUGAUAACAUAUUUUACAACAUUAAAGUUCCCAAGAAACAACUUAAUGGGCUUUCAUGUGUAAUUUUAACACCUCUUAUAGUAACCAGGUUAAUAUUAAAACAAUUUAAUGUAUAUAAGCAGUUUGCUGCAUUUUCAGGGUUUUAUUCUUAUUUCAGAAUGUCUGUUCUGGAAAGUCAAAACAUUUUAGUCAAAUACAGUGAGUACCAGGCUGGUAUUUUUGAAGUCCCAGAAUAGGACAUUCUGGCUUUUUUUCAGAUAAAUUUGAAAGGGUCUUCAUCAUGUUUGGGUGUAAGGGAAAUAAAAAUUGAUUAAAGUUAAUUAUCUAUUUAUAUAUGUCUUUAUCUGGAGUUCUAUAGAAGUACAGUGAGCCCCAAAUUGGAAAAUGAAUUAGGAAUGAAGCUGAUUAAUGGUUUAAUACUAUAUAGUUUAUAUUGAAAUUUCAUUCCAAGAAACCUCAAUAAAAGAAAAAUCAAGUAGAAAGUUUACUAAACUGGAAUAUAAUAUCAGAAAAUUAAACCACCAACAGCACAGGAUCUUUUAUUAUGUCAGAUCCCAUUGAAUUGGAUAGAAUUUUUUAGCAGUGUUGCUUUGUUGGAACCUGGCUAUAUUUCCAUAGAAUGUUUCAUGUAUCAGAUAAGCCCUGACUUGUUGUAAAUGGUCAAGGUUAUGGGCAUGUAGAUAUCCCUUUUACUGUUUGUUUUACUUCAUAGAGAUGAAUAAAUGCAGGUUUUUUUUUAAUAAUUUGUAAGUAUUUUUAAUAUUACCAUUUAGAGACAAAGCUUUGCUAUUUCACACAUGAAAAUUUAAGCAUACUUUCAUAGUAAUUUAGUUAUAUGUAAGUAAAUAUUUCUGAACAUAUUAGAAAAACCUUUAGAUAUCAUUUUUCAUUAGUUAUAUUAAAUACAACACAGAUGAAUUUAUGGAACCUGAAGAAUUUCAUAUUGAGCUGCUAAAAGUCUGAUCAUGCACUGCCAGGAAAGAAAUAAUGCAUUAUUGUACUAAAAGAGAGCAUAGUGGGUUUGAAAUAAACCCAAAGAAAGCAUUACAGUGGAGGAAGUUCUAUUAAGAAUAGAUGUGCUGUGGUGUGGCGAGCAGUCUGCUCUGCACAUCACCGAGUGCAUUCUUUCCUUGAUGUCCUAGAAAUAGUCAUGAUGUAAAUGAGAGGAAUCAGAAAAAAUUUUUUAAAAAGGUUUUUAGUUUGCUGUUUUUUUAGUUCAGAUAGUGACAUGAGAAAUCCUAAUCUGUAAAAGUAAUGUUUGAUGUGUAACAGGUACAUACUUACUAAGCAUUAACUAUUGUUAAUAAAACAUGCCAUUUCAAAAUAAAAUAUACUUUCAUUAUACUUGUCUAAAUAUGAUCUCUUUUUGUUGUUGCGUGCAUUUCAGAUUUCUUUUUAUAAAUGUUAACACUUACGAAAGAUAAGGUCAAACAUUAACAAAGGUGUCAGCCUAAUCAUCAGUCAUAACUUUAUGUCCACAUUUUCUGGUAGAUGGAUUUUGACUAUUAAUUUGGUUUUGUAUGUUUUCUCUAUGUGAUAUUUGUGCAUUAUUAGAUGACUAGACUGGCCAAGGCAGACCUGUUACACUUGCCUGAGUUAGGCAUUGUUUGCCAUGCCACUAAACCUGCCGUCAAGUGAAACCUUCAUUGGGGAAAUGAGAUCGGAGUCUGAACCGCAGAAGAUGGACGCCCUGUCUCUGUUUUUUAUUGUUUUACUUUAAUUUCAUUUCUUUUUCUUUAUUUUGUCCCUUUUUUUUGUUUUUGUUUUUGUUUUUGUUUUGUUAAAUCUCUCUCACUUUAACUUGUGAGCUGGUUUUCCAGUUCUUUGUAAAUGGUAUUCCAUUAAGGUUCAUAACGUGUUGCAAAUUAUAUUGGGAGAUAAUUAACACAGCUCAACCUUAGAAUAAAUUUUUCAUGCAGUAAAUUAAAAUAUAGUGUUGAGAAGCUAGUGUGAGUCUUAAUUGGUGUUUAUAGAUUGAUCAGGUACAUUUUGUACUUAACAUUAAAACACUUAUAAGGAUCUUAGGAACACUUCCUGAUCUUAGUGUAACAUUUUUGUAGUUUCCCUCCCCACUCCAAGACUUUAUCUCAUAAAAAUGAAUGGAUGGCUUUUAAUAUUCAUCCGUCCCUCUAGAAUUCUAGGCAUACAAAAUCAUCAAGGAAAAUAAGCAAGUUUCUUACAGUGCAUUGGUAUGGGGAAGGUCUUUGAUUUUAUGAUUGUUCAUUAUACAAUUUAUUUCCUUGUCUUAUGAAGACUUUGUUGCCUAUGUGGGGAAAGGAUAUUUGAGAAAAUAUUGAUUAUUUAUUUGUGUGCGUGUUUUUCUGUUUGCUUGAAUUUUUUGUUGAAAAUUCUUCAGAGGUUACCAGUUUCUAAAUGGCUUCUGAGGUUAGGAUUCAAGUAAUAUGAGAGAUACUAUUUUUCUCUCCAUUACUAAGGAAUAUAGUUUGGGGAAAAUGCUAAAUCUGAUUGUUUAAAUACUUUUAUAUACUCUGAUAUUAUUUAGAGGAUAAAUUUGAUAGGAUUUUAUUUCAGAAAUUGAGCAAUGGAACUUUUUCUUAAAAUACCUUUAAUAGAAUAAGACAGGUAUAAUUGAGCUUAGAGUUCUAGAUUACUCUCAUGAAAGGCAAUGAUAGUCUGACUUUGAAGCCAAAGGAGACUUUCUAAUACUAAGUGAUCAACUUUUGGCCCAUUUAAUCUCCUUUUUGUUUAUAUAAUUUUUCUAUACUGUUUUUAUGGAUAGUUUGGCUUAUUAAUUGACAAGUAAUAUUAAACUUGGAAAUCAUCUUUUUUUUUUUUUUUAGGUGUAUAAAUUUUAGGGUACUGAAGCAUAGAGUUUUCACCUCAGGACCCCAGUUUUAUUAAGGAUAUUCAGAUUUUAUAAACCUUUUUUUUAAAAAGUCUACGUAACAGAUAAAGUGAGUGUGAUAUCAGUGUAAAUAGUAUAGUAUCAAUGUGGGUGUACAAAAAUACAUGUGUUAAUAAGUAUUUAGUAACUAAACACAUACAAAAAUAGGUUGUUAUUUAAUGUCUUCAGUAAGACCUACCUUUUGUUUAUCUUUAUGCAUGUUAAACAAUCUAUUCUGUCAGAAUUUACAUUGAAAUAAUAAAAGUAACUUUUUGAAAUUAGGCAAAGUAAUAUAAAUUUAAAUGCUGCAGAGUUCUUAAAGCUACUACAAUGUACCUUUUAUUCUGUUCCUGUAGAUAAGACAUAAUUAAUAUUUAAAGCAAGUUUUAAGUUUCAUCUUGAAUUCCAUCCAUGUUUAGAGAUAUAUUCAGAUAAUAACGUUCAGAGAUUGAUCUCUAUACAUGGUUGUUUUAAAUAGGAUUUUUACCACUGAAACCAGGAAAAUUUACUACAUAAUAUUAUAUUUCAGCUUAGUAUGAUUUUGUACACUAUUUUAAAACAUUUUUGACCAAGUUCUUAACGGAAACACUUAGCCAACUACAGUAUGACUAGUUCUAAAUGUAUCUACACUUAGUCAACUUUUACAGAAUUUUUUUUUGCUAAGAUAAAAAUGUGUGAAAGUUGCAAUCUUAAUAAAAAUUAUUUGAUUAAAAUCAGCAGUUACAUGGCAAAUGAUGUACUUUAAUUUUUUUCAUUUUUUUAGGUUGUAGGCUUUUUUUUAGUUUUUAAGAUUAUUUUAGUGUUACUAUUGUUAUUAACCAUUUAAAAUGUUUAUAAGCAAGACAUUUAAGCAUUAAUCAUUUCUCUUCAGAUAAGUAUAUAUGUAAAUUGGUUCUAAAAGUUACAUUUUAAGAAGGUUCCUGAGACUAGGGAAAAAAAAUUUUUGUCAUUAAUUCUCACAAAGUUUUAGUGAUUAUUAUAAUUUUUUCCAAGGCAUAUUCUUUGAAACUGGAUUCUUUUUAGGCAUCAUUGAUCGUUGUUGGUGAGAUGCCUUAUUAACAGAAUGGGUAUAGGCUUCCUUUUAAAUUGAAGCUGAUUACAUGAAGUAGGUUUAUGUUUUCUCUGUUUAUUUGAACUUGAAUCUGUUGGAGGGUUAUCACAAUUGUUUGCAUCACAAGUAGAUAGUUUCAGUAAACAGAAUAGGGGCACUCAUUAAGGAACAAAUUUCAAUUCGCACAUAUUUGUUUUUUCUUUUUCUUUUUUUUUGACUAAUUUGGUUAUUUGCCAUUUCUGGGGAUUAAACUUUAAAAAAUGUUCUUCUUUUCUGUAUCUGAUGUUCUGUGUGCUAUUAGUGAUGCAGCCAACACGAACGGUUGUCAUGUGUAACACAACUUUCGAUCACCGCGAAAACACCGUCCUGGGAAAGCGUCCAUGCUUGAUAUCGUUUGGUUCAUGAACAUUAAGUUUCCAGUACAGGUAAAAUCCCAGAGGAAUCGAAAGCACUCUCUUUAUUGGCUCCUGCUCCAACUAUGACAAGUCUGAUGCCUGGUGCAGGAUUGCUUCCCAUACCAACUCCUAAUCCCUUGACUACUCUUGGUGUUUCACUUAGCAGUUUGGGAGCUAUACCAGCAGCAGCACUAGACCCCAAUAUUGCAACACUUGGAGAGAUACCACAGCCACCACUUAUGGGAAAUGUAGAUCCUUCUAAAAUUGAUGAAAUUAGGAGAACAGUCUAUGUUGGAAAUUUGAAUUCCCAGACAACAACAGCUGAUCAACUACUUGAAUUUUUUAAACAAGUUGGAGAAGUGAAGUUUGUGCGGAUGGCAGGUGAUGAGACUCAGCCAACUCGGUUUGCUUUUGUGGAAUUUGCAGACCAAAAUUCUGUACCAAGGGCCCUUGCUUUUAAUGGAGUUAUGUUUGGAGACAGGCCACUGAAAAUAAAUCACUCCAACAAUGCAAUAGUAAAACCCCCUGAGAUGACACCUCAGGCUGCAGCUAAGGAGUUAGAAGAAGUAAUGAAGCGGGUACGAGAGGCUCAGUCAUUUAUCUCAGCAGCUAUUGAACCAGAGUCUGGAAAGAGCAAUGAAAGAAAAGGCGGUCGAUCUCGUUCCCACACUCGCUCAAAGUCCAGGUCUAGCUCAAAAUCCCAUUCUAGAAGGAAAAGAUCACAGUCAAAACACAGGAGUAGAUCCCAUAACAGAUCCCGUUCAAGACAGAAAGAUAGACGUAGAUCUAAGAGCCCACAUAAAAAACGCUCUAAAUCAAGGGAAAGACGGAAGUCAAGGAGUCGUUCACGUUCUCGGGACAAGAGAAAAGAUACUCGAGAAAAGAUCAAGGAAAAGGAAAGAGUAAAAGAGAAGGAUAGAGAAAAGGAAAGGGAAAAAGAGAGAGAAAGGGAAAAAGAGCGUGAAAAAGAAAAGGAACGGGGGAAAAACAAAGACCGGGACAAAGAUCGAGAAAAGGACCGGGAAAAGGACAAAGAAAAGGAAAAAGAGAGAGACAGAGAAAAAGAGCAUGAAAAGGAGCGAGACAAAGACAAAGAAAAGGACCAGGACAAAGAGAAAGAACGAGAAAAGGACAGAUCCAAAGAAAUAGAUGAAAAAAGAAAGAAGGAUAAAAAAUCCCGAACACCACCCAGAAGUUAUAAUGCAUCAAGAAGAUCUCGUAGUUCCAGCAGGGAAAGGCGGAGGAGAAGGAGUAGGAGUUCUUCCAGAUCACCAAGAAUGUCAAAAAACAUAAAAAGGAAGUCUUCUAGAUCUCCAUCCCCUAGGAGCAGAAAUAAGAAAGAUAAAAAGAGAGAAAAAGAAAGGGAUCACAUCAGUGAAAGAAGAGAGAGAGAGCGUUCAACUUCUACAAGAAAGAGUUCUAACGACAGAGAUGGAAAGGAGAAGUUGGAGAAGAAUAGUACUUCAGUUAAAGAGAAGGAGCACAAUAAAGAACCAGAUUCAACUGUGGGCAAAGAAGUAGAUGAUAAGGAUGUACCAAGGACUGAGGAAAACAAAGUACAGCAAAAUGGGAAUUGUCAACCAAAUGAAGAAAACCUCUCUACCAAAACAGAAGCAGUAUAGGACAGACUUAUGCACCUCUGCACUCAAAGGUGGAAUAAAAUCCAAAGCUUUUAAUUCUCUCAACAAGAUGUAAACAGGGAAGAAAUCUAGCCGAAUAUGAAGUUAGAAGCUAACAGCUUUUCUAAUUGUUAGGUGAUGUUAUGGACAUCUUGUUACUGAGUAAGAAAAUAAAGCAUGGACAUCAUGAAAAUACCAGAUGUUACCCAAACCCCUCAUCUUCUAAAAACUGUGUUUCCAUGGUGGCUGACACACUUGUCAUGUGUGAUUGUUAGUGUUUGCCAAGAACCAUUGCAAAUAAAUUGAACAUCAUUGAUCCAAAUUUGUACUUUCCCUAGAGACUGGAGGUAAACAUUGGAGGCUCUUAAAAAAAAAAAAAAAUGCUAGUUACUGAAUUUUGUAUUGUUUUACUUUUUUUUAAAAAAAAUUUCAAUAUAUACAGUUUGAUGAUGUGCUUGAAAUUGGUGCAAAUAUAUACACACCCUUGUAAGUGCAAAGUAUGUAAGAAGUUUUAACAUUUACUUCACAGGAUUUACAGUGAUUGUGUUAAAUUCUCACUAUUGUGUUUUCUUUUGCUCACUGUUUAGGACAGCAGUUUUUCUUUAAAAUAGUUUUACAAUUAAAAUUGCUUAAAUAAGUGGAUUAAAAAACAACUGACAAUGCAUGCUACUGUUCUCUUUCAAAAGGAAGAGCAACUGUGUUGAAUACUAAUACUAAUGUAUUAGUAUUCAGUGUUUAGAAUCAUUGGGUCUACCCACAAACAGAGUAAGCAUUUCUUUUUGAACUUUCUUGACAUUUCCAAGUUUUAUUAUGAAUAAUAUUGCAGUGUGACUUGUCAGCUGUAGGUGGCAAGGAUGCCCUCGUAAAAAGGAAACUGGGUUUUCAAAAUGGGCUACAGGAGCACAAGCUGAAGCUUUAGUGCCUUCUACAAUGUGGUAUACUGUUUUCUAGAAUUUUAUAUGUGCUAUUCAUUCUCAAUUCAUAUGGAAUCUAGGUAUUCCCACCAUAGAGAAGUACGCAAGUGAUAUGUCAGAAGAGCUUAACUUAGUUCACUUCAUGUGAGAAGGAAACCUUGUUUUCAAGACUGACUUUAGAGUUUAAAACAACAGUGCAGUUUUGGGACCAUCAGUUUUAUAUAUAACUGUGAUAACUAAAAAUGAAACAUGCUCUAUUUUCCUCAAAUCAAAGGAAACCAUUUAGUUGACUACAUUGGAUGGCCUUAAUUUUUACCUCUCAAUCAUUUUCCUAUAAACAAUGUGCAGAAAUUAUACUUAAAGGGAGGACAAGGAAUAUAUGGGAGGUUAUUUGUUUUGUUUAAGACUAUGUUUACUUGAGUUUAAGAUACAGGUCAUCCAUCAUUCACUUUUUGCAGAAAGUAUACAAGUAGUAAAAUGACAACAUAUCUAAUAUUUUCCCCCAAAACUAUAACUCGUAGUUUCUGAACUCUUUUCAUUAUUGUUAUAUUUCCAAAAGUACUUUUAAUUAGCAUUUUAUUAAAAAUCAAGUAUAAUUAUUUUAAUGCAAUCUAAUACAAUCAAAUUACUCAGUUGCCUUACCUCAUGGGACGAGUUACUUUUUAUAGAUUUAAAAGCUGAGUAGCAUGUUAGUUACUUGGUUUCAACUUGAGUCUUCUUUUUAAAUGUUAAUACUGUUGAAACUUAAGUAUUUGAUGGAGAAUGGAAAGAGUUGUUCUUUUUGCAAGUUAUGAAGCCUGGUUUGAUUUUGAAGCUGCUUAAUCAUCUUCAUAUGUUCAGAAUUACUGUGGUUUUUUUUUUUUUUUUCUCCUUUUUUGUCACUGUGUACAUUAAAAUUUUGGAAAAUGCUUUACUAUGUAAAGUAUAGGUGGUCAUUGUAAUCAUUCAACCACGUAAGGUUGGCUAGUAAACAGCUUAUUCUGAUACAAGAAUGCUUGGGUGCAUAUGGAAAGAUUGUGAAGGAGUGUGUGUCUUGCAUCAACAGCUGUCUUAUUUAUGAUAUGUAAGUAGAAUAGAGCAAAUGUUGUUUGAAUCUGUUAUUUUUAGUACCAUUUCUCUAAUAAAGCUAAGUAUUUUAGAGGAAAGUAGUUGUUUAUACAUUUUAAAAUAAGAUCUUAGUUUUCAUCCUGCUCUUGAUUUAGUUAGCACAGAGAUUGUUUUGACAUGGCGAGUGUAUGUUUGUGUGGUAUCUGUCUACAAAUUAGUCAUUUCAAGUUUAAAUAUUUUCUUGUACUCUGGACUCUUUAAGUGUUUUUUUAUGUUGGAAAUUAAUAUUUAAUUUUAUUCCUACCACUAAUUUUAUUGCUGAGGAUAUUUAUUCAGCUGUAAAGUAAUAUUGAUUUUGAGUGAUUUUUUUUUCCAAAAACUGAGAAUCAGGUUGGGGUUGUAGCUCAGUGACAGAGUACAUGUGUGAGUCACUGGGUUCGAUCCUCAGCACCACAUAAUAAUAAACAAAUAAAAGAAAGGCAUGUUGUCCAUCUACAACUACAAAAAAAAUUCUAUUAAAAAGCUGAGAAUCUAGGAAUGUAAGAUUUGACAUUUUUUUACAUGGAAGCAAAGCCUACUAGGAUCUAGAUGUGUGUGUGAGGGGGUAUGUAUAUGUGUGUGUGUGUGAGACAGAUGAGUUUUCUUUUUGUUCACUUAAGAGUUGACAUGUUUCCAUUUGUUUAUUAUUUUCUUUAAGGGUACUGUAUUUUUUCCUUUAAAAUUAUUUUUUUCAUCUCUCCAGUAGAUGUCAGGAAAACUUGAGGUAAGGCCAAAAAGGCAGCCCUUUUAUACUUCAUAUCUUCUGUGAUUCUUUUUAAGCUUAAUUACAGAGAAGGCACUCUGUUUUUCUUAAAUCAUACUUGUUUUUCAGCAGUGCUUGUUGAACUGUAACAAAAGAUGGUCCUUCAUAACUGACUAACCAGUCAGUUUCACGUGCAAAAACUUGUAAAUCCUUAACUUACACAGUUGUCUUCUUAGCUUCUAUUUUCCAUCUAAUCUAAUUAGCUUAUAGUCAAGUCAUCUUGUGACUUUGCCCAUGUUUAGAAUUCUUUUGAAGAAAUACCUACCUUGAUCUUCACUGUUAGAAGCUUAAAUUUUGACAUGCUCACUUAACAAUAAAGCUGGUAUUUAUAACCAAAAGAUUAUUUUGUCAAGAAAACAAUUUUAUAUAAAUCAUUUUCAGGAUCCUCAGUCAUUUCUAUGUGUGUGUAUGUUGCUAUCUUUAUUUUAAAAGUUGAGAAAACAAAAAACUGAUUCAAGUCUCACAACUGAAGAGAUUGUUCAAAUUUUAAGGAUUUUAAGUAUAGUAAUAGGCUUUUAAAACUUAAAUUUUUUUGAUCUGCACUAUAUUAUAAGUGCAGGUUUUCUUCAUUUAACUUUAGUUGAAUUAGCAAUUAAAAUGAAGUCUUUUUGGAGGGAUGCAUUGAAUUGAAUAACAACAUUUCAGUAAUGUCAUUUCUUAUAUUUUCAUGGUAAAAGAUAAUAUUUGAUUUUAAUUGAGUGGUUUAUUGAAGUUGAACCAUUCCUACAAAGUAAAAGUACAGUGAUCAUGUGCUCUUUGUGUUUAAAUAUUUUUUUAUUUUUACUUCCUACUUGUUUAGUAUUCUCAUAUGUUCAUUUACUGAUGUCAUAGUCACUUCGAAUUAUUUUCAUAAUUCAAAAGUUAGUGCUUUUAAGGGCUAACUUAUUUCUGGAAGCAGGAGUCUAGUAUAAAUAUAAUAAAAUAAUCUUUUAAAAAUAAAACUGACUUUCCUACUUCAUCUUAGGUUUAUGGGUGAAAUUUUUAUUUUAGGAUACUUUUAUUGGUGAUUUUUGCAUGAAGAGAGUGAUAUUUUAGAAAUAAAAGCUAAAGCCAUUUAUGGUAUUUGGUCCAUAUUUGGUCAGGUUAGAUACAAUACCUAAUGUGGAUCUUUUCAUUCCAGUUUAACCCAUUUUUUCCAAUCAUAUGUGAUGUGGAAUGACUAACUAUAAAACCAUAAAUGAAGCAACAAGUAUAUCACUUAUAGUAACUUUGAAAUAAUUGUUUUCAGAGGUCUAUUCUUUUGAGAAAAUAGGUGAUGAUUAAUUAGAAUGUUUGAAAAUAUGUAAAGGACAUAUAAGCUCUAGACUAUGAUUUCCAAACUAUUUUAAUGUACCUGUGUCAAUUUCAUUGAUAGAAAAUUAAAAAUUUGGGAAUUAAUGUGUUAAGGUACCUUUAUAAUUAUAAUUUGUCAAAAUUUUCUGUUUAUAUGUGAUACAACAUUUCCUUUUGGGGAUUGCUGGGGAUCAGAUUUAAGCAAGUGUUCUACUACUGGGCUUCCCCUCCAGCCCCAGAUGUACAUGUCUUAAUAUUUUUAAGUAGGUUUUAAUAUGUUGCCUGAUUUUUAAAUUUAUGUCUAGUUAACAUUUUAAUUUGGAAAAUUGUCAAUUUUGAGGAGACUUCACAUAUUUUGCCUCUAAAUUUAAUUUUCCCAGGAUUAGCAUGAAUGUUAGUUUCUUCUAAUCUUGAUUAAUUUUUAUUUACUAGUCAGGUAACUUCAUAAAUGUAAAUUCAGAUUCAUGAAAAUCAUACUGAAAGAAGAGAGUGAUUUCCACCAGUUUAGGGGUAUAGGUAUAGAUAACACAUUGUCAGGGAAUAACCUAGAGAAUUCGUGAUUUCCACAAAAGGUUAAAUUUGAAUAUACUGUGUAGCUGUAUAAAUCAGUUUAAUAGUUAAAUAAUUAUCCUCCUAACCUUGAUUAGUUUAAUAGAACAGUGCUAUAGAUUUUCAAGGGAAAAGUUUAAAAUGUUACAUUAAGAUUCUGCAUAGGUGGUGUAUAUUUAUGUGCGUAGGAUUACUUUUAAAUGGUACUAGUAAAGAUUUAUCAGAUGCUGCUGCUGCUGCUAUUAUGUCACUAUAUUUUUAAUAAAAUGAAAAUCUUAAAA